AUGAGCAUAUCAAUUGCAAUCGCUUCUUAUUUCAAUAGAGAGAAUAUCGAUAAAUGGUCUCAUUUCGAUUGCCUCAAAUAUUUGGCAAAAGUAUGUGCAAAUUUUACUUCAGAAGACCGUGAUGAAAUAAUUGACAUGUACAAGAAUCAGUUGCGUUCGAUAAACUCAUGUGAGACAAGGCUCAAAAAAGCAAGGUCAAAAGCUUAUAAGCUGGCUGAGAAUGUAGAGCGUUCAUUUCAACGUGAAGAAGUUACCUCAUUUUUUGAAAGGUUGGAUACACAGGUACCUUUGAAAAAUUACAUUGUUGAAACAAAACAAAAAAGUGGUUCUAGUAACAAAUUAUGUUACUGCAAAGCUUGCUUUAUUAAACUUGGUGAAAACAGCAAUGAAUUAAAAACAAUAGUAGAUAAAACUGAACGUAUAAUUCAACAUUUUAAUGAUUGUCAAAAUUUUCAUGUUGUGUAUAGCCAAGAAGAAAAACUUAAAAUACUAGCUCUUGGAUCAAAUUCUACUUCGUCUCAAUCAUCUAAUUAUGGUCCUUUAGAUAAUUUUGUUGCCAGACCUUUAUCUAAAGCAGAUAAUGAAGUUUUUCAUAAACUUAUAUUAAAAGCCACUAUUUCUUGUGGUUUUCCAUUAUCUUGGGUGAAUAAUCAAGAAACAACAGAAUUAUUUAAAUUUCUCAACCCACAUAUCAAACUACCAGAUAGAAAAACCCUUUCCACUAAACUAUUGAAUGAUGCAGUUAAAGAAUAUGAUAAUGUCAUGUUAGAAAAAUUAAGAUUAGAUCAAAUAGGUGUCACACUUAUGUUUGAUGGAUGGACGAAUGUUAGGCAACAAGAAUUAAUGGGAUGUGUUCUUUUGAUGUCAGAUGGAGAACCAUGUGUAUGGCAAGCUAUGGAUAUCAGUAGUGAACGUGAUACAAUGUUUGAAGUUAUGACUAAAACUGAAGAAUUAAUUUCCAAAUUAAUAGAUAUGAAAAUAACAUUGUUAUCAAUAGUAACUGAUAGUGCACCUUCCUAUAAUGCAUCAAGGCAAUUCAAAAAUACAUCAGGCAAUGCCUUAAAAGUGUCAGCCUAUUUUAAAGAUGCUAGACAUAAAUAUUUCAUUGGCCAACUUCGUGAUAUUCAAAAAGAACUUUAUAGCAAAUAUAUUCAACUUGCACUUCCAUGUAAUACCAGGUGGAACAGUCAACAUAAUUGCUUUAAAAGUUUAAUUGCUACUAAAAAUGCUUUACGUUCUUUGGCAAUAAAAUUUGAUCCUUCUUCAUCAACGAAUACAUUGAAAAUUUCACAUGAAAUGUAUUGUAUUAUAAUGAAUGAAUCUUUUUGGGACGAACUUUUAAAAUUGGAUCAAAUUUUGAUUCCUUAUUGCAAUAUUUUGAAUAAACUACAAAGUGACAAGGCAAGAUUAUAUGAAGUUUUACAUUGUUAUGCAUAUUUGUAUCAAUUUUGGAAAAGUUAUUCUGAUGAACUCUUGGCCAGUAGAAUAUUAUCAAGAUUGGAAAAUAGAUGGAGUUUAUGGGAACAACCUCUUCUCAUUCUUUCUUGGCUUCUUCAUCCUUUUGAAAAUAAUAUUCACAAAUAUUGGUGCUGGGUUCAGGAUGCCUAUCCAGAAAUUGGAAUUGUUGCAGCACAUAUUUUUGGUAUUUGUAUUAAUGCAGCUUCAGUAGAACGACUGUGGAGUAGUAUGGGAUUUUUUCAUUCAAAAAAUCGAAAUAGAUUGGAGUUCACUAGAGUCUUAGAAAUGGCAAAAUUGAAGGCUGGCAUUACAUAUAAUCGACUUCUUCAACAAGAACUUUCUUUAUCAAAUAAAGAAAUAAAUUUAGAAGAACAGAAUAGCAUUGAAAGAGAAAUGAUAUUGGAAGCCGAAUCUUCAAAUGUAAAUACUAACUUAAAUGAAGAAAGUUAUUUGGGUGGACAAAAUGAUGAACAGGAUAAUAAUAGUUUAGAAGCAGAUGUAAUUGCACAGUUUAAUAAUAAUUUGGGUGAGUGGAUAGAAAUUCUUCAAGAAGAAGAAAAUGAAUCUCUAAAUGAGCUUAUAAACAUUGAAGAUGAUGAAUUUUAUAACUUAGAUGUUCAAAGUAUUGAUCAUCCAGCAACAAGCUCCGAUGGGAAAUGGAAAUUGGAA